AUGCCAACUUAUAUCAUGCUCAGUACGCUGACCGAUGAAGGCCGCAAAACACUUAAAGCGCGUCCUGAUCGACUUAAAAGUGUAAACGACGAAGUUGAAGAUAUGGGCGCCCGCGUCCGCGCCCAGUACGCCGUGUUGGGUGGCUACGACUUUGUUAACGUCAUAGAUGCGCCUUCUAACGAAGUGAUGGCGCGUAUAUCCAUGGAACUCGGCUCCCGUGGCACCAUUAAAAUCACCACGCUGCCGGGUAUGCCGAUUGAAGAAUUCCUCAACAACAUGGCGGCUGCGCCCCCACGUAAGACCGAAGUAAAAGGUGAUCAGUAA